UCGCCCGCCAUUGUGCUGCCCCCAUCUUUUUAGGCGUUCAGUUACCUCUACGCCAUCCAUUGCCCACCUCCUCAACUCAUUCGCUUCCCUCAAGAAAAUCACGUUCCCUUCCAGUGGCAGGCAGGGGGCGACUCCAUCUGCGUCAUGUGGCGCCAGGAGAGCAGGGAGCGGCAUCGAUCCAGCCAUCACCAAGAUGGCUCCUGGGAGGAAGCCAUCGGCACGAGCACGGGAACCUGCAGAAACUCCACUUACUGACUAUGAGCGCUUGAGGGCUCAAAAUAUGAUGAAAAACAAUCAAAUGUUUCAAAGGCUUGGGCUUUCUACAUUGGCAUCAAUGAUUAACAAUACAAGUUCAAAGAGCAAGGAUGAUGUUUCUCAACAAUCAGGAUCUUUGUAUGAUGCUCAGGAUAGUGAGGGCUUUGAACAAGAGGAGGUCAGCAAGGUGCAUCGAUUGCUACAAGAAAACAAGUGCCAAGGGGAAAAAGUCUUGGCAAGGGGCUGGAUUCAUUACGCAGAGGGUAAGGCACUAAGAUACCAAUCUAAAUUUCUGAAGGGAAGAGAAGACCAGAGCCACCUAUUCAGGCGGCAAAGCUUGCAUCGGAGGGUGGGAUCAUACUCAAGCAGCACAUACCAAUCUAUCCACAUUGGAAGAAUUACAAGAAGGAUGAGGGACAAAUUACAAACUACAUUGGCAAACUUGCUGGACAAUUCACCAUGGACGUCAACAGUAAGGCAGUGCAUGAAGCCUGCACUGACUUGCUAAAGUGUGGGCAACGACAAAUACAAAGCACCACUCAGCUCAAUAGGAAGCGUGCUAAUAGACCAAGCACUUUUGUUUGUACCCUUUCUCCACUUGUUCGCAUUUAUCUCUUUUGUUGCUAGAACACUAGCAGUAACCUUGAUUGCAAGAGGAAGACCACCACACAAACGAACAAUCUCCAACCCAAUAGUCUUCAGAUUUUGCACUUCAAUAUAUUUUGUAAUGUUCAUACUCUUCCACAUAAGCUCCCAUCCUACUUCUAGGGACAUCAAAUCAACUCGAUGAAUAUAUUCCACCCCAAUUGCCUGUGCAACUAUAUCAUUUCGAGUGGUGAUCAAAACUAUACCUGCAGCUGCAGAGUCAAAUAGAGUUCUCAGGAGAUUGUUUCAUACCCCGUGUUGCCAAACAUCAUCCAACACAAGGAAAUAACUUUUAUUUUGAAUGGCUGUAGCAAGCUUUGUGCUGAGUUCUCCUACAGUUUGGUCAUGCUGAUACUGUACCUCAAACUUUCGAAGAACUUCUUUCAAAAGAUCAAUUGUAGAGU